UGCUGGCAUUCUGGAGAAGGCUCUAGCCUGUCGUACGGCCCCUGUUGCUAUUUUGCAUAUGCGCAGUCACUCUGAGGUGCCAGGCUUUUUUACAACAGGUAAUGCAGUGGCAGACAAGACCGCCAGUACGCAGGUUUUCACAGCCCAGGAAGCCCGUGAUCUCCAUUCUACUCUUCAUAUAGGAGCCCGAGCACUCUCUAGAGCUUAUUCUAUCCUAAUAUCUGUUGCGCACAAUGUUGUUCAGGCUUGCCCUCAUUGUAACUCAGCACCCGUCAUAGGGGCCGGGGUUAACCCCCACAGCCUAGGGCCAUUACAGAUAUGGCAAACAGAUUUCACCUGGGAACCUCAUCUAUCGCCUUGUCCAUGGCUAGCGGUUACAGUAGAUACCUCCUCUACCGUCAUUGUAGCCACACAACAUGCUAAGUCCAAUUCAACAUCAGCACAGAAUCAUUGGGCAACUGCUAUCGCCAUACUUGGCCUGCCUAGCCAGAUUAAGACAGACAACGGAUCGUGUUUCAUCUCACGGUCGACACAGGAAUGGCUAGCAGUGUGGGGAAUCUCCCAUAUUACGGGCAUCCCUGGCAAUUCCCAGGGUCAGGCAAUAGUAGAGCGCGCCAAUCGCCUUCUCAAGGAUAAGAUACGUGUCUUUGGGGAGGGGGAAGGAUACAGGGACAGGAUACCUGUCAGCAGACAGGCUGAGCUCCUGGCGAAAGCCCUAUACGCAUUAAAUCAUUUUGAGCGUGGUGACAGCAAGCGAACGUCAGUGCAGAAGCAUUGGCAGCCAAAAGUCUUAGAUGAAGGGCCCCCAGUCAAAGUAAAGACAGAUAGCGGACAAUGGGAAGAAGGAUGGAGGAUAUUGGUGUGGGGCAGGGGGUAUGCUGCAGUAAAACAUGUGGAAACAGGAAAAAUUGUAUGGACUCCAUCACAGAAGGUUAAACCGGAUCUCGGAAAGGACAUCUGAAAUUAUAACUCGUUCCGUAUUUGUGUAAUAAGCAAGACAAGAGUUCCCUUUUGCAGAAGCUGCUGGUGGGAAGGCUGAAGCCAACUCCAGAACAACCGGAGGAUGGACAACAGGAUCGAGAGCCACUCAUCAAGAGGAGAGCCACACCUAUAGCGCCGAUACUUCUGAUGCUACUGUUUAUGGUAACGGGGGGGGAGGGGGUACACCUUGUACAACAGCCACACAAUGUUUGGGUCACGUGGGCGAAUCUCACAGGGCGGACAGACUUCUGUCUGGGCCUUCCGUCCGCUACCUCUCCUUUCCGUACCUGUUUAAUAGGUUUGCCAAAUUAUCAAUUGGAGGAGUUUAAGGGACAUACGAUCAACUACAGUGUGUGUCGGAAUGAAACAGACGCUGCUACUCAAACGGCGUGUCUGAUUCGAUCAUUAAACCAUACCCUCCUCUGGGACCCCCAAGAAUUGGAUAUUUUAGGGUCUCAAAUGAUCAGGAAUGGAACAACACGUACGUGUGUCACCUUUGGUUCAAUGUGCUAUACAGAGAAUGAUCGUAGUAGAGUCUGUCACAAUUUUGAUGGGAAUUUUGAUGGGACUGGUGGGGUGGAGGCAGAAUUGCGUGACCUUAUAGUGAGAUGGGGUAAUAAUGACCCUCGUAUAAAACCUUAUGCUAACUGAUCAUGGACGGUGGUGAGUCCGAUGAACAUGGAGAGUUUUUCAAUAGCUGGUGCGUAUUGUGGCUUCACAAAGAACGAAACUCAUUAUUAUAAAGGGGAUUCUUCUGAUUGGUGUAGAUCAAAAGGAGGGAAAUGGUCAGAGGGACACAGAAAUGGGAUAAUAUGCUCUGGGUGCAGUGGUAAUUGCACAGCAGAAUGGAACAAUUAUGCAUAUGGGUUCACCUUUAGGAGGAAGGUAUCGGAGGUAUUGUGGAAUAAUAAGACUGCUAAAGCACUCCCCCCAGGAAUCUUCUUGAUUUGUGGCGAUAGGGCAUGGCAAGGUGUCCCAGCUAAUUCUCUGGGAGGUCCGUGUUACUUAGGGAAGUUAACGAUGUUUGCUCCAAAUCACACAGGAUGGCUUAAUAUAUCUCGCAGUUUACAUCCUCGCAGGCGCCGUCGCAGCUCGAACCUAGGACCUGACUGUAAUGAUGAUAUUAGGAUGUGGGGCCUUACAGCACGUGUCUUCGCAUCGCUCUUCACACCAGGAGUGUCAGCAGUGAGGGCCUUAGCCCAGAUAGAAAGGUUGGCAUGUUGGUCGGUAAAACAGGCGAAUACGACCAUGCUUGUAUUAAACGCCAUGCUAGAAGAUCUUAAUAGUGUCCGUCAUGCACUGCUACAGAAUAGAGCAGCUAUUGACUUUUUGCUGUUGGCUCAAGGACAUGGAAGUGAGGAUGUCGAAGGAAUGUGCUGCUUUAACCUUAGUGAUCACAGCAUGUCAAUCCAUAAACAACUACAAUGGAUGCAAGAACACACGCAGAAGAUUAAAGAAGAAAGUGAUCCCUUCGGAAACUGGCUGAGUGGACUGUUUGGGGGAGUGGGUUCGUGAUUAAAGCAAUUGCUUAAAGCUCUCGCAGUAGGAUUUGCAAUUUUUGUGUGUAUUCUAAUCUGUCUUCCAUGCUUUGUAGGAUGCUUGUAGAACUGCCUUCAGCGAAUGAUGGACAAGACUUUUGACUAUCACACUGAGUAUCAUAGAUUGUGUGAAAAAUUAUAGAGGGGUUUAGGUUGUUGCGUUCGUGCUGUAACGGGGCAAGGCUUGGCCGAGCACGGGAAAGGAUUCCCUGUUGCUCUGAUGAUUGCUUAAGAAUUGUAGAAGAAGGUAUUAGGAAUAGUGUGCUGAAAUAUAUUUAGGAUUAGGCAUUUUGCACUUCUUCGCGAUGUACGGGUUAGGCGUGUGUGUAAGUAGUAUUCAGCUUAGGGAGGGGGAGAUGUUGUAGUAGGCAUCUUGCAGGGCUACGGGAUGUACGGG